AUGAAUGAUGUUUCUAUUUUAAUUGAUGAAUUGAAUGAUUAAAUACUAACAGAUCAAUUCGUUUACAUAGAUUUGUUGGGAGGGGGAGCUUAUGGACAAGUUGUUAAGGCCUAAAGCAAGGAGCUUAACUAAACUGUUGCAAUCAAAGUAAAUGAGUUUGGUUUAAAUGUUUAGAUUAUCGAAAGAAAUAAGAAUAAAGCUCAGGAUUAGGAAGCAUCUCUAUUGGAGAAGUGCAAUCACAAAAAUAUUGUGCAUUUUCACAAAGUUGUAUUUUUUUAUAAUCCUUUAGUUACUCUAUACUCAUAAUCAUCUGUAUAUAAUAAUGGAAUACCUAUAAGGAAUCACUCUCUAAGAAGUCAUGUAAAAGCAAUUGUUGGAGAACAAAGUUAGAAAUCUUAUCAAACAAAUUUUAGAAGGAUUGAGUUAUCUCCAUAAUCAAGGGAUUAUUCAUCGAGAUUUGAAGCCAUGUAAGAAAAAUUUAGGAUUUAAGCAAACAUAUAUUUGGUUCGAGAAAACAACAAAUCCAUUGUUAAACUGAUUGACCUUGGACUUAGCUAUUAAAUUAGUUCACAUAAAAUAGCAAAUAAGUAAUGUGGCACAUUGCUAUACAUGGCACCGGAAUUGGCUUAAGAUGUGCCUUAUAAUUAGACCGUCGACAUUUUCGCCCUUGGAAUAAUUUUAUAUUAGUUAUUUCAUGAUGGAUAGCAUCCAUUCUUUGUUCCUGGAAUGAGGAGUUCAGAGUACUUUAGAAGAUUAGCAAAAUUAGAAUUUAAUGUGCACUUUAGAGAGAAUAUUCCACCAAUGGCUAAAGAUUUUAUAUAAAAAACCAUGGCUCUACAACCUGAUGACAGGAUGUCAGCUUAUCAAUGUUUGGAUCAUCCAUGGAUAAAGAAUGUUGAAUAAUAGAAAUUUCCUAUCACCACAAAUGAAAUUAUCUCCACAUUCAUAGUGAAAUAAAAAUUCAUAAAGAUCAUCAAAGCCUUAAUGGUCCAGACUAAAUUAUCAUAAUUAUCAAUAAAGAAGGAUCCAAAAGACAGUUAGAGCAAUCAAUACACUAAGUCCAACCUCACAGAUGUUAAUUCUCAACAAGAAUAAGAGUUCAUUCACCUAAGAUUACCCAUGAGUUAAAGAGACAAGCCUCCUUUAUCCAAAUCAAAAAUGCUUAAAACUGUGUAAGGUACCUUUAAUACACCAUAAAUGUCUAAAAGGGAAGUAUCUAGAUAGUCCUUAGCACUCAGCUUUAUUAAUUCUCCAUAAAAUAUGACACCCUCAUCUAAAAGUAAAAGGACUCUUAAAACUCCUUCUCCCACAUAAUUUAGAUUGCCAGCAAUCAAAUCACCAAAGCAAACUCAGAGCCCUAGCAUGGCUAAUAAUAUCAACAAAUCAAGAUUUUUUUAAUAAUGA